AUGAUUUUCUUCUUCUUCUUCUUCGUCUUAAAAUCUUCAUUGCCAGGCAGAAGCAGAUAUGACGGUCCUACCCUUCCACCUCAACAUCACAGCCCCAUCCUCCUCCACCACCGACAUCCCAACAGCUCCCUCGUCACCGAGCUCACAUACGAACUCAGCGGAAACUUCCGGAAGCCCCCCGCCACCAUUCUCGACCUCCACCUCAUCUCCUCCUCCACAGCCGUCACCACCCUCGCACCAACCAACCUCACCAUCCCCACUAUCCCAUCCAAAUCACAGCACCCCACGCGCGUACCAAAGUUAACCGCCAAAGCCUCCUCUCCCGGCCUCACGCCCGUGAGGCAAAAUUCAGGGACCACCCGAAACUCAACCGGGAUUACAAAUUCCCUCGAGACCUCCUCCAAUUGUUUUCCCACGGCUUCGAGGCUUUCUGACCAAUUGGGGUCGACGGCCGUGAUGCGAACGCUUGGGGGCCCACCGGGCCUUCCCGCAAGGGCUCGCAGUAGGACGGCCCAGUGGGCCCAGCAGUCGGCCCAGAAGUCGACGAUGUGGAUCCGGGCUUCAUUGCCGCAGGCCUCGGCGAUGGCACCGAGGGUCGCCAUGUGGCGGAAUUUGAGAUGCGGUGCUGUUGUGGGUGCUGCCACAUCAGCGGGGGGUUCGUCGUCGUCUGUGGACAUGAGGGCAGUCUCGAGUUCGUGCAGGGCGUGUCUCAUCUGCUGCUGGUCGGAGGGGAUUUGUGGGAUGUAUUCUGAUAGGUGGGGAUGA